AUGAGUUUGGUGAAUGGCUUAGCCAGAGGCCAUGCGGGGACAUUGAGUCCGCGCCGGAGGAAGAGGGCAGUCAUUUCGUGCCUGGAGUGCCACCGACGGAAGCAGAAGUGUGAUCGGGGCUGGCCCUGUCAGCACUGCCGGAAGCGAGGCAAGCAUACGCUCUGCUCCUAUGAAGGCGCUGAGCCACCGGGCCGUUCACUGCCUGAGAGUUCAUCGAAUACGGAACACUCAACGGGAUCGAGCAUCUUUGCACCGACUCUGGAUAUUGAUCGCCGCCGAGGGGAAAAUAGGUCGGCACUAAGCUGCAGUCAUGGCGAGGACCUGCUAGCACGGGAUUUUGGGUACUCAACCAACAAUCGCCACAGCACGCUCGGGGUGUUGCACACCAUUGGGUCGCCCGGCGCGUACGAGUCUCCUUGCACGAACCCAGUCGAAUCUUCAAGCGAACAACCCGAAGACAUGUCCUUGAAAUAUCGAAGCUUGGUGCGUCAGCUGCCCACCAGGGCGCACAUUGAUAUCCUUCUAGAGACCUUUUUCGACGGGGUAAAUUGGCAUUACGACGUGGUUGACGAAAUCACCUUUCGGGACCAACUGGAUGUUUGGGCGCAAGUACCCUAUUCGACAUUGCAAAAGGGGCCGGUUGUGUUGGAGCCGGACAUUCGUGUUUUCCCCGCGCUGUUAUUCCAAGUUCUCGCGCAGACGUUGCUAUACCACCCCUCCGAUGACGAGAGGCUGGAAGCAUUGAAAUAUGGCACUGGAAUGACUCUCCUCGACGUUGCCAAAGAACUUAGCGCUGCGGGCAAUGAGGUGCUGGAGCUUCUCGGUAAGCGAGGUGGGACUAUCGGGACGGUGCAGGCGGGCCUGCUGAGAGCUGCAUUCUUGAAGAGCAGUGGGCAGGUGGUGGAGGCCUGGCAUACAUUGGGCAGUGCUAUUCGUGAUGCGCAAGAGUUGGGGCUCCAUACGAGCGAAUGCCUCGCAGAGUCCGCACGGGCUCGCCCGGGCACGGAGUCUCAGGUCGCGUGGGACCGUGAACGUCGAAGCCGGAUCUGGUUGCUACUUCAUAUUUGGGACUUUCAUAUGGCAGUGGUGCUGGGCAGACCCAGUUUGACUACUGCGCCAAACGACAAGUUCUCAUUCCCCCGAGAUAUUUGCCAACGACAGAGGGGAGUCCUUCCCACCGAGAGGGCUGACCAGGACCCGCCUACUCCGUUCUCGGUGAUUCUCGCUGGCUACCAGGCAGCCUAUCGAUACCUUCCCACAAUUCAUACAAUUCAAACUGGCGGCGCCAGAGUGGAAGAUUAUGGCACUGUCGACCAAGUCCAUAAGGAGAUUACCAAAAACAUACGGUCACUCCCGGCGUGGUGCCGUCCUGAUCAUCCUGACAUGCGAUUCGAUCUCCUCCCAAAUUGCACCUGGCUGCCGGCAGCGCGCGAAGCGUUGUUGUCGCUAGUCUACUUUGUCCUUCUUGCUCUCCACCGGCCGUAUAUUUUCACCCAUGCUGAAAGUCGCUCUAGGGCGUUGCGGGCUGGUCUGGAAAUCCUUCGUUCACAAGCCCGGCUGUUCUAUUUAAGCCAGCCUCGCGACUUCAAGGUGUUCAACAUGGUCUAUGCUUCGUUGGACGCAAUUGUGUUAAUUACCGCAAUCUACCUGAUGUUUCCCACAGAGAAUACCGAAAUUCUGGACAGUUCACUCAGCGGCAUCGAAUGGGGCCUGGGGAGACUCGCUGUGCUGGGGGAUUACAACAAGAUGGCGAAAUCGGCGCAUGGAGUGGUUUUGAACCUGUAUGGGCGUCUUCGAAGUCGUAUCGCGGGGGCGCAGCAACCACAUCCUCCGAUUGCAGCGGUACAAACACCAGGGCCUGAUCCGUGGAGCGCAAAUGUUGGGCGCGGUGACUUUGGCCCCAGGGUCGAUCCUGUAUGGAGCAACCAUGUUGUUCCGGACCAUACGUGGGACUUUGCACCGGAGGCCGUGCCACCGCCUCAUCCGAUGCAAGACCUUUUUAUUGAUCAUUUAUCAAGUGGUGACAUUGUCGCUCCAGAUGCCUCGAUUGACCCACUGCUAACCGGCGGGGCCGUGGACAUGACUGCCGACUCACUUCAUUUUGCUGGCACUUAUGCGGACGAUAGUUUUUGGAGCUUUAUGAACUCCUUGGUCCCUUGA